ACUGAAGAACUGUUCUCCAUUUCCAUGGAGGUUGGCGAGGUAUUCAAGAAUAAGAUUGGUGAGCAGAGAUACGCUGCUGAAUUGGCGGAGUGUCAGAAGGCUUCCAUUCUAAAAACAGAAGAACGGAAACGGAAAGCAAAGGAACUGGCAUUGACUAACCCUGAAGAGGCUGCGUUGUUGAAACGGAAAAAGAAUGCGAAAAAGACAGUCUCACGAAAGCGUAAGAUUGAUGUUCUCAAGCCGUACCGAGUGAUAAAUCGACUUCAUUCCGAGAGAAUGCGGGCUCAAAAUAACGAGGACGAUUAG